UCCCCUCUGCAGCACGGCUACAUUGGUGUCAAUAGACCUUCUCCACCCCUAGGAAAGAAAUAAGAAGCCAGUGUCUGGUGCCUUUCUGCAGCCACAAGGAAAGAGGAGGAGCUGAUCUUCGCCAUGUCGGACCUGGAGAAAGCCAUGAUGGCCAUCAUCGAGACAUUCCACCAGUACUCCGGCAAAGAGGGUGACAAACACAAGCUGAAGAAGUCAGAGCUAAAAGAGCUCAUCAACAGUGAGCUCUCCCACUUCUUAGGGGAGAUCAAGGAGCAGGAGACAGUGGACAAAGUCAUGGAGACCCUGGACGCUGAUGGAGACGCUGAGUGCGACUUCCAGGAAUUUGUGGCCUUCAUUGCCGUGAUCACCUCUGCAUGCCAUGAGUUUUUUGAACACGAGUGAAGCCCCCAAGAAGUUCCAUCUGUCACGAAAAUCAAGCAAAGAUCCACUGGAAUUUUAAGCAAAGCAGCAAAGCAGAGCUUGCGGUCUGGUAGGACCCCAGCUGGCCAGCCCCCAAGUAGUUUACUUAGUAGGAAGUUUGAUGCGCUUCGUGAAGAGAAACAGGAGAGUUUCUGCCAGGAUGGCUCAAAGGGCCUCCUCUUCACUGUCCUGGCAGCUUGCCUUUGUCAUCCCUCCCCGUAGAGAACCUCAGGCCCUCCCACUGUCCCAUCAGGUCCACACCCACUGGCCAACCACAACCUGCAGAGAAGGCCUCACUUCCUUUUGCGAGUGCCAAGGAAAGGCGAGGGGUUUGAUCCAAGAUGGUUGAGCCUUCCACGGGGCGUGGGGGGCACGGAUGGCACCACCCCCGUGGGGGGUGUAGCCCCCAUGACCACGAAGUUCCCUUGAGGUUUCCACAGCUCCUCUAAGCCUCCAGCUUUAUUUUACUUUAAAAUAGGGAGUGUUGCCCCAGGUCAGCCAAGUGGUUUCCCCAUCCUCAGAUUUGCUUGUGAUAGCCAGAAAGGGAAACCAAAGUAAUUAGAUGAUAAUAUCAACACACAGAUGCAAACCAGGACAAGUGGGAGUAUUUGUGUGGCCUCUCCCGGGAGCUGAGCCCCUGGAGUGCCAGGCUCUGUCCUUCUCCAGCUUUGUUACUUCAGCGCAAGCACAGUACUGUGCACACAGCAAAGGCUUAAUCAAUGCUUGUUGGGUGUGGAAUGGCCAAGGGUCUGUAGGAGUGGAUUUUCCUGAUAAGUCAUUAGAAACCGACCGAAUAAUACAAAUAAAACUAACAGAACCAAAGCAGGUCAGACAUGAAUAAAGCACCCUUAUAAAUGCUGGAAGUAUUAACUUUCAUCUGUCAAAGUUGUAAAAGAAUUCCCAGCCCUUUAUGCAUUCCCUCAUUCUCUCGUUCAUUCACUCAUUUACUCAUUCAUUCAACAACCAUUCCUCUUGGGUGAGUCACUUGACUCCCGAUUUUUCUCUUGGUAUUUCAGUAUUUCUUCUGGUGGUGAGAACAGCUGUGAUGAGGCAGGGAGGUGGGUAGCAUAUAACUACAGUGGAAAGUGCCCCGGAUCAGGGAUCAGAAGGCCCUGGUUCUGCUCCUCUUUCUUCUCACAUUUUGCCGCGUGACCUUGGGCAAGUCUCCCCCCUGGGCUGUAGAAGUGAUAUCUUUUGUCCUAGCUCUGACCUUCAUAAAUAGCUGGUCUUACUCUUGAAAAAAAAAAAAAAAAAGCAAAAA